AUGCUCUCAGAUAUGAAGAUCCACCCUGAGCCCAAUAAACUCAACGUGGCCUUGUCAUACGAAGUCGAUUCAUCUAUUCUAGCCCAAUCGAAUGGCUGCCGGCAAAAGAAUCUCCGGCGACUGCCCCACAUAUUCCAGAAGGUUCUAGAGCUUCCCUUCCACUGGGACACUGACAUUUCAAUCUCCGAAACACCAGAUUCCUUUAGAUUCUCCGCCGCCGCCAACCACAUAGGUGGUAGCAUCAUUGCUGACACGGUCGAGAUCUGUCCUGGGGUUACUAAGAUUGUUGUAAAAGGGGCCGGCAUUUUCGAAUCGACAGGACUGAAGACAAGCUCGAUUUGUGGCGAUUCAGGCUGUCGGAUAUGGUGCUUCUUGAGCACGUAUCAGCCGAGUAUGAGGAUGGAUGCCUGGUGGUGA